AUGGGGAGGUCUCCCUGCUGUAAGGAGGAAGUGCUGAAGAAGGGGCCAUGGACACCGGAGGAGGACAGGAAGCUGGUCGACUACAUCGAGAGGAACGGCCACGGAAGCUGGAGGGCGCUCCCGAGGCACGCCGGCCUGAACAGGUGCGGUAAGAGCUGCCGGCUCCGGUGGACCAACUACCUCCGCCCCGACAUCAAGCGGGGCAAGUUCUCUGAGGAGGAGGAGCGUCUAAUCAUCCACCUCCACUCCAUCCUCGGUAACAAGUGCGUCUCUUCCUCCUCACACCUCCCUACACACUUCUCCAAUCUGAUUCCCUAACACGGUGCGCCACCAUCUUCCUCCAUCAUCGCUGACACUGCCUGCAGGUGGUCGGCGAUCGCCACAAAGCUCCCCGGAAGGACCGAUAAUGAGAUCAAGAACUACUGGAAUACCCACCUGAGGAAGCAGCUCUUCCGCAUGGGCAUAGAUCCAGUUACCCACCGCCCCCGUGCCGAUCUCGCCCUCCUCGCCAAUUUCCCCGCUUUGCUCGUUACGACAGAUGUGGGCUGCAGUCCGGCGGCUGAGCAAAUCGCUGGACUUCAGCUGGUGCUCCAGGGCAUGGUCCAAGCUCUACUCGCCAGCGCUGUGAGCCCGCCACCUCCGAGCAAUAUCGAUCUGAGGAAUCUUCUCCUCAAGAGGCCCGAGUGUCAGAGCAGCUUGACUUCCGCCGAGCUCCUCAGCUCUGGUCUCUACCUCCCGAAUAUCGUCGCUGCCGAUCCAUCGAUUGCUUCCACCGGUGACAUCCAGACGCAGAGCCCAUACAGCAAUCCGACGGCCACGGCCACCACUUCACUGGCUUCUUCAAACUCGCCGGAGAACGUCACGUCGGAACUCUUGCAGGAUAUGAUCAACCCGGCCGCCGAAGCGGUCGCUAACUCCGCAUCGGCUGGUGCAUUUCAGCCAUGGCGAUAUUUGUCUGAAACAGGCGGUGAUUAUUGCUGGGAGGACAUUCUGGGGUGCGUCUUCUUCUUCGGCACCUCCUCCUACGUCUCUCCCUCUCUCUCUCUCUCCCUCCCCUACACACAUCCCCAUCCUCUUUCUUUCUCUAUUCUUCUUCGUGAUCAUCAUUAUCACAUUUUCUCUCUCCGCCUCAUCUCCUUGCUCAAUUCUGCGUUCUACUGUGUUACAGAAGCAUACCAACGGUUCUGUAGAGCUAGCCGAUCGCAUCAGAUUGGAGGAGGAUCAAUCCCCGAGAAGCAGGACCCAUUCGUUCGCAAGAAGUUGUGCAUCUACCCGCGUAUAUUUUCUGUGUGA